AUGGCAGAAGGUGAGGGCUCCGCCAAAGGCGUGGAGGCACGUACCCUAUGGACACUGAACAGGCUCAUGGUGCUCCUUGGGGUCCGGCCGGAAAAGUCAGAUAAAUUCAUCAGCGGUUUCACUACAGAGGAGGCUUCUGCUAGAGCUUUGGCACGCUUCAUGGACGAGCCGGAGGUCCCAGCCUGCUUUUUCAUUCCUAGCAGCGAAUCAGUCACCUGCACGGUGGACCUCCCUUCAGCUACACAGAUGAGAAAGAAGUUCGUGGCCAUGCAUAGAUCAAGCCCCGAAGUCCAGAUCAGCAAGGAAACCAUUGCGGAGUCAGUCAUCCUCAUGGAGAUGACCAAGAACGUGAUGGACCUGCUGAACAUGUAUUGCCAGUCAGUGUACCUGUCAACGCUGACGAACCCUGCAAAUCAGGCAGGAUGGUCGGACCUGAUCGCCAAGGACCUCAUGGACAAGUACCACGUCUUCUUGGCAAGCCUUCAUGUGACAGUAGGUCUCAUGAAAGGACACACGUGGCUGCCCCAUCCGCCACGAGAUGCGCUCCCCACCAGUGGGGGCAUGGCAGCUGCUUCCGGUGGUGCUGGGUCAUCUGGUGGCAAGGACAAAGUGCACGUCCUUGAAGGGGCCGUCAUCACAUGGACCAAGCAGAUCCGGCACGUGCUCAAGCAGGAUCCGGAGGUGUUGCUCAAAGACGGCAAAAACCCGGAGCCGAGUGCUGAGCUCAAGUUCUGGCGUAGCAAGGCCGCGAACUUGAAUUCCAUCCACUCUCAGUUGGGGAUGGAUGCGCUGAAGAAGGUCUUGAAGUUCCUUGAGACGAACAAGAGCACCUACACAGCUCCGUUUUCAAAGUUGCAGAAGGAGGUCGAGGAGGCUCGGGAAGAGGCGAAUGACAACGUGAAGUUCUUGUCAACGUUGACGAAGUCAAUCGAUAAGCUCACAAGCGACAGCGCCGAUUUCGAGCAGUUGGAGCAACUGUUCGAGCCGGUUCUCCAUAACAUUCUCCUUAUUUGGCGCUACUCCAAGUUCUACACUACGCCAACUCGUUUAGCUGUCCUCAUCAGAGAGAUUUGCAACUCCAUCAUUGCGCAGGCAGUUCGGUACAUCAACGGCAGCGACAUUUUCACAAUGAUUUCCUCGGAAGAGACGUCCGAGUGUUAUGCCAAGCUCGAGAACACGUACAGGAUCUGCACUUCCUUCAAGGAUGCCUACCUGUUGUUCAAGGACAUAGCGCUCAAUCAGGAUGGUUCGGGAUGGAAGAUGAAGAACGAUGCACUUUUCGUUCGCCUGGACUCCUUCCGAGAUCGUUGCCGUGACGCCCUCGACUUCACUCGCACGGUAAUUCAGUUCUCCAAGCUGGAGCGUGUGGAGAUUGGUGGAACGAAGGGAAAGGUCCUUUCGGAUUGCGUGGUGGCCAUCAAAGAAGAGUUCCUGAAGUGUGUUGAGACCUUCAAAAGUGUGAGCUACGACAUCAUGGAUGUCGGAGAAGUGCAGUUCGAGCAUGAUUACUUCAAGUUCCGCAUGACGGUCAAGGAUUUGGACCGGCGACUUGGCAGCCUCCUGGGCUCGGCUUUUGACGAUUUGGACACUAUCAACAUGCGCAUCAAGCUCUUCGAUAUUUUCGAGGGAUUGCUGGAACGUCCGAUCAUCCAGGCAGAGCUGGAGAAGAAGCACAAGAUGCUGUUGCACCAGGUCGAGCAGGACCUCACUGCCGUCGAGACUGGCUUUGUGGAGGCGAAGGACAAAGUCGACCAGUGCUAUGAUGAUGCACCAAUUUUCUCGAACUUGCCUCCAGCGGCUGGUGCCAUCUACUGGGCACGCUGCUCAAGGCACCGCAUCAACGAGCCUAUGAACAAGCUUGCCUUCUACAACCUUGCGCUGAGGGAGACACCGGAAGAGUUCAGAGAAGUGAAAAAGCAACAUCAAACACUGGACAAGAUGCUGCAAGACUACGAACUGCAGCGCUACCAAACUUGGGAGCAAACCUCCGUGGAGGCUGCGAAGGAGAAGCUCAAGAUGAGGCUACUCAGGCGACAGGAGAAGUCCGGCCUGCUGAAGGUCAACUUCGACCCGGCCUUGGUCCGCCUCUUGCGGGAAGUGCGCUUCUUCCUGAUCUUCGACAUCGAAGUGCCUCCCGCAGCUCUGGAAAUGUUCGACCGCGUGGCCACGUAUAGACAGUGGGUCGCACAGAUGGACCACAUCGUGGGCAUGCAGCCUGGGUACAAUGCAGUGCUAACGGAGCUGCUGCCCGUCGAGGAGCCGCUUCUGGAAGACCGCAUUGCCAAGAUGGACCAGGUCUUGUCGCCCGGCCUUACGGAGCUGAAGUGGCGCAGCGAGGACAAGAUCCCCGAGUUUAUUGAGAACACUAUGAGGGUGGUCAGCGAUGUCUCAGGAGUCGUUGAGAUCAUGAAGGGCAACUUGCGGUCGAUUUCUGGCAUUCUCUCUCAGUGGUGCAAAGAGCCGAUCAUCUCGAGGGCAAAAGGAUCGAAGCCUAUGGCCCUGGACGAGUUUGAUCUAAAGCACAAGGAGCGUGUGGGCAUGCGCAUGAUGACUCAGUCAGAUGGCGGCAAAGAGAUCCACAAGUUCGUCAAGGAUUCGUCGGAGGCCUUGAAGGUGUCCAAGGUCGCAGCCAACUGGAAGGCCUACGUAGACUUUGUCAACAACAUUGUCAUAGAAGGCUUUGUCUCAUCCAUCGCGGUCUCUCUUCAACAUCUCUGCGAGAUCUUGGAUCCGCUCAUCAUCGCCAAGCACGAGAUGCUGCCUCUCUUCGAAGUGAAGGUGGAGUUGCAAGACUCAGAGAUCAUCUUUGACCCACCCUUCCAGUCGCACAAGCCAGGGGACAUUUCCUUGAGAGCGACCAUUGAUGGCUGGCUCAAGGACUUUUUCGCGACAGUUACUUGCAUGCAGCGGCUUGACACCGGCAGCGGUGAUUAUCUCAAUGAGAUUCGAGAGCACUUCCAGAUGCAGUGCUUGCUUGCCUUGGUUUCAGAGCUCAUUGACAACACCGAGUUGAAGUGCAUGGACUACCGCGAGACCUUCAUGCAACACUCAUAUCUGUGGACAGAGUCGAUCGACAAGUCCUUCGAGAAGUUCUUGCAGGAGGGUGCCAGAGACCUCGUGGAAGGGUUUGAGGAGGAAGGACAAAAGGGACUGUCAUUCCGGGACAUCAUGGAGCGCAUCAAGGUGGACAUCGGCCGCCAGAUCCCUCCACUUGAGCAGUUCGACAAGCAGAUCAUCAACUUCAAGAACCUGAAGCAGGAUCUAUCCAACAUGAAGACGCCCGUGGACAUCCAUUGGCUUCGUGUGGGAGCGCAGCCUGUGAAGCUGAAGUUGGUUUCCUUCGCUCGACAGUGGGAGGAGAAGUAUGUGGACUUCAUCAAGAGCUUCACGGAGGAGCGGAUCCGCACGCUGGUCAAGUUCAUCAACGAGCAGCAGGAAGGUUUGGGCCCUCCCUCGCCGGUGGAUGAGCCGGAGAAUGAGAAGUACUCGACCAUGACCAACAUCCGUGAUGUGAAGCUGGCUACAAAUGCGGUCAAGAAGCUGUUCCCACCAAUCAGGGACCUGUGUCAGCUCUUGAAAAAGCACCACGUGAAUCAUGAUGGCCUCACUGAGCUUGACCAGGCACCCAACAAAUGGGACGAAGUUAUCCGCAUGGCCUUUGAUGUGAAGGAGCAGAUUCUACCUUUGCAGAGUGAAGAAGUUCUGAAGAUCCGAAACAAGAUCGAUGUUUUCGCAGAGGAACUUCAAGGUUUCUGCCACGAGUUCCGGGAGAAGUGCCCAUUCGACCCUGCGAAUGCUGUGGGCGGAGACUAUGACUUGAGCUACGAGACCAUGAACGAGUACUACAACAAGACCCUGGCCAUUCGGCAACGUGCCAAUGAGUUCAAUGACCUGGAGUUGCUCUUCGACAUGCAGAUGUCCAGCUACCGAGAGCUGAAGGACUGCCAGGAAGAGCUGAUUCUGUUGAAGAACCUUUGGGAUGGUGUGACGCUGGUGAAAGAGACGUUCGAGAGCUGGAACAGCAUUCUUUGGGAUAAGAUCGACACGGACUCCCUGGUCCAACAAGCCCGCGAUCUUCAGAACCAGGUCAAGAACAUGCCCAAGCAGAUCAGGGGCUGGCAGCUCUACCGAUGGCUUACAGAUGAGGUCAAGAACAUGGCCACGGUGCUGCCUCUGGUCAACGAUCUGCACGGCGAAACCAUGCGCGAUCGCCACUGGACAAGCAUCAUGACCAUCACGCAGAAAACGUUUGAGAAGGGCCCGGAGUUCUGCUUCAAGGACCUCCUUGACCUCAAGCUGCAUGAGUUCGCGGAGGACGUCUCGGAGGUUGUUGACCAGAGUGUCAAAGAGGCCAAAAUCGAGAAGAAGCUUUCUGCUAUCCGGGCCACCUGGUCAAAGAUGCCGGUGUCUUUUGACUGCUCCAAUCCCGACUGCCCGCUCCUCGGAGAACUUGGAGAGGUGAUCGAGAAGCUGGACAGUGACUCACUAGAGAUGAUGGGCAUGACCUCACAAGGCCGUUUCAUCGAGUUCUGCAAGCCGGUGGUCGACGAGUGGAGCGGCAAGCUGCGCGCCAUUGAUGGGGCCCUCAGCGUGUGGACCAAGGUGCAAGCCAACUGGUGCCGACUGGAGCCCAUCUUCAUGCAGAGUGCCGACAUCCGGUCACAGCUGCCAGACGAUUCCAAGCGCUUCGAGCAGAUGGAUGCAGCAUGGAAGGAGCUGAUGAUGGAUGCCUCGAACAGCUCGCUGAUUGUGGAAAUUUGCUGUGCGGAGGGGCGCGAAGCCAACCUGAGGGCGAUCUCCGAGGGGAUCGAUACAUGCGAGAAGGCUCUGAACGAGUACUUGGAGCAGAAGAAGAAGGCCUUCCCACGGUUCUAUUUCGUGGCAAACCAGGCCCUGCUGGACAUCCUCUCCAACGGCGCCAAGCCGUUGAAGGUUGCGGAGUACUUGGGUGACAUCUUUGAUGGCGUGAAGACCUUGGACUUUUCCAAAGCUCCGGACACUGGAAGAAUCGCCUGUGGCCAUAUUUCAAAAGACACCGAGAAAGUGGCUUGGGCAGAAGACAUGCACAUCGAUGGCGCUGUGGAGGGCUACCUUCUGCAGCUGGAGGGCCAUCUCCGCCUCCAGCUGCGCAUCGAGCUGGAGCAGGCGCGGGCAACUGCUGACAACUGGGAGCUGGACAACCCCCGAGAGUUCUGGUUGGAAGCCUACUGCUCGCAGCUGUCCUUGGUGGCUACCCAGAUCAUGUGGACAGAGGAGACGAAUCGGGUCUUCGAGGAGAUCGAGAGCGGGAGUGAGACAGCCAUGAAGGAUUACAAGCGCGUGAAUGAUGAGCGCAUUGAGAAGCUCAUCAAGCGCGUGCAGACCAAGCUGAGCAAGGACGUGCGUAACAAAAUCAUUACGCUGAUUACCAUUGACGUCCACGGCCGCGACAUCGUUGAGCAGAUGGCAAUUGCAAAGAUUUCGGACAACACGAACUUCAAAUGGCUCUCGCAGCUGCGGUUUCAUUGGAACUAUUGUCCGCAGGGCCAGAACCUGGUCAGCUACACCCCGGAUGACCUGAAGACGUGCGUGAUUCGCAUCUGCGAUUGGACCACCAUCUACUGCUAUGAGUACGUGGGCAACUGUGGACGCUUGGUGAUCACACCGCUGACGGAUCGAUGUUACAUCACGUUGACCCAGGCAUUGGGACUGACAUUGGGAGGAGCGCCGGCUGGCCCUGCAGGCACUGGAAAGACCGAGACCACGAAGGACCUUUCCCGCGCACUUGGAUUGCAGAUCGUGGUCUUCAACUGCAGUGACCAGAUGACAUAUCAGACCAUGGCCCAGAUUUUCAUGGGCAUUGCUCAGACAGGCUGCUGGGGCUGCUUCGAUGAGUUCAACCGAAUCUCAAUCGAGGUUCUGUCGGUGGUAUCGACCCAGUACAAAUGCAUCCUGGAUGCGAUUCGGGCACAAGUUCAGGUCUUCCUCUUCGCAGAGGAGGAAACAAAGCUGAUCUCGACUUGCGGGGCUUUCAUCACAAUGAACCCUGGGUAUGCUGGGCGAACAGAGUUGCCUGAGAACUUGAAGGCACUCUUCCGUUCGGUGGCAAUGAUUGUGCCGGAUCUUCGGUUCAUCUGUGAGAACAUGCUCAUGUCCGAAGGUUUCAUCAAGGCGCGGCCACUGGCAAACAAGUUUGUCCAGCUGUACUCCUUGUGCAAGGAACUGCUGAGUAAGCAGAUGCACUACGACUGGGGUCUGCGCGCCGUGAAGUCGCUGCUGCGACAGGCUGGCACACUGAAGCGCCUAGAGCCUGACAGUGAUGAGAACCCUGUGCUGUGCCGUGCCCUCCGAGACUUCAACACACCCAAGAUCACCACGCUGGACAUGCCCAUCUUUCUCCGGCUAAUCAUGGAUUUGUUUCCUGGUGUCUGGCCGGAUCCUUUCAGCGAUCCUGAGUUCGAGAAGUUCUGCUGCAACAUCGCCAAGCAGAGGGGCUUGCAGGAAGACCGGCAGUUCAUCAUCAAGAUCGUGGGUAUGCUGGGUAUUCUUGGCGUGCGACACUGCAUGUUCAUCAUCGGGCCAUCAGGCUGCGGCAAGACAGAGGUCUGGAAGACGCUCAUGGAAGCCUUGCGUGCGCGGGGUGAGGAUGGGCAGUGGGAGCAAGCGAACCCCAAAGCAGUAACCAGUGACGAGCUGUACGGCACAAUGUCCAAGACGAAGGAGUGGAAAGAUGGCUUGAUUGCCGUGAUUUUCCGCAACAUGAGCAAAGAAAUGAAUGGGUACAAAGCGUCGCAUCAACACAAGUGGGUGAUCUUAGAUGGUGACAUUGAUGCGACAUGGAUCGAGUCCAUGAACACGGUCAUGGAUGACAACAAAGUCUUGACGCUGGUGUCCAACGAGCGAAUCCCGUUCACGCCUACGAUGCGCAUGAUCUUAGAGAUCCAAGAUAUGAAGCAUGCAAGUCCUGCUACCGUGUCUCGUGGUGGCGUGUUGUUCAUCAAUGAGACGGACAUUGGUUGGAAGCCGUAUGUGGAGAGUUGGCGUGAGAAGUUGGACCAGAUCCCACAAGGAGCCUUCUACCUGCAUUUCUCAAAUUACUUUGAGGCCAACAUCGAGGCAAUUCGCAAGUCGUUCAACUUUUCGUGCCCAAUGUUGGACAUGGGCUUCAUCAACAGCCUCACUUGCUUCAUCGAUGCGCUGCUCAACAACAACACCAAAGAAAACAUGGAGGCGCUACGCACGAUGAGUCCAGAGGAUCAGAAAAUGAGCUAUGAUGCCCUUUUCUGCUAUGCCAUGAUGUGGACGAUCGGCGGCUCCAUUGCAGAUGACAAGACGGUGAACUACCGCAAGAGCUUCAAUGCGUACAUGAAGGGUCUCUCGAAGGCAGUUCGCUUCCCUGACCAGGGCGAUUGCUACGACUUCAUCUACGAGCCAAAAGCCAAAGACUGGGUCAGCUGGGAGACGUACAUCAAGCCGUACCAGCCGCUGGCGGAGCAAAUGUACCAGAACAUUGUCAUCAGCAACAUGGAGUUGGAGCGCAUGAAGUACAUUCUGGAGCUGCAUGUGGCCAGGAAAAAGCCGGUGCUUUUCGUCGGUGUUGCAGGCACUGGAAAGACGACCAUUGUGAAGGACUACCUUGCGGACAUGAAGGCCAACAACGAGGACAUGAUCAGCAUGUCGAUCAACAACAACAACUACACAAGCAGCUUUGCACUGCAAAACAUCAUCAUGAGCGCAUUGGACAAGAGAUCAGGUCGAACGUUCGGGCCGCCAGCGAACAAGAAGUGUGUGUUCUUCAUCGACGACUUGAACAUGCCCUAUGUAGACACCUACGACACGCAGUCGGCAAUCAUGCUGCUGACCCAGAUGUUGGCCUACAGCCAGGUGUACGAUCGCGCAGCUUUGGAGGACAAGCGCGAUCUUGUCGACAUCCUUUUCACAGCAUGCAUGAAUCCCAAGGCCGGCUCCUUCAUGGUGAAUCCACGGCUCCAGCGGCGGUUCACAGUGCUCACCACGUUCACACCCAACGCGCCUACGAUUUCGGGCAUCUACAGCUCCAUUCUGGAGAAGCACCUGGGUGCCUUCGUGCCACCAAUUCAGAAGCUUUGCGAUCCAAUUGUGCAGGCCACGAUUGAAGUGCUAGUCGCGGGCAUUCUGAACACGCCGUGCUUCCUGCCGUCUGCUGCCAAGUUCCAUUACCAGUUCAAUCUGAAGGAUGUUGGAAACAUCUUCCAAGGUUUGCUGAACACCAAUGCGAACGUCUACAAGGAUGGUGCGUCCAAGUUCGCUCGUGUAUGGCUUCAUGAAUGCUACCGCGUCUUCUCUGAUCGCUUGGUCAAUGCCUCGGACCAGGGUGAGCUGCAGGCCAUCCUUGAGAAGGCUGCGGGCAAACACUUCGGUAGCAUCCCCAAGGAUGACCUCUUUGCUCAGCCUCUGAUUAUGACGUCUUUCGUCUCGGCGGCGACAGGCAGCGAACGCUACUAUUUGCUAGCCAAGGACAUGCCCAGUCUCAAGAAGGUCGUGGAGGACAAGCUCACAGAGUACAACGAAACCUAUGCCGCCAUGAACUUGGUCCUCUUUGAUGAUGCAAUCAACCAUGUUUGCCGAAUCUGCCGGAUCACGGACAAUCCGUGCGGACAUGCGCUGUUGGUUGGCGUUGGUGGGUCUGGAAAGCAGUCCUUGGCCAAGUUGUCAACCUUCAUCAACGGUCAGGAUUUGUUGAGCAUCUUGGUCAACCAGUCUUACGGCACGGAGGCCUUGAAAGUUGACCUGCAAGAGUUCUACAAGAAAGCAGUCGUCAAGCCUGGCACCGCUCAUGCUUUCCUCAUGACAGAUGGGCAGAUCGCUGACGAGCGUUUCCUGGUGUUUAUCAACGACAUGCUCUCCAGCGGGGUGAUCCCAGACUUGUUUACUCGGGAGGAGUAUGAUGGCCUUCUGGGCAGCGUUCGGAACGCUGCGAAGGGAGCAGGUUAUUCAGACGACCGUGAUGGACUCUUUGGUUUCUUCAUCGACAAGUUCCGGCGCAAUUUGCAUUACAUCCUUUGCCAUUCGCCGGUUGGUGAUGAUUUCCGUAUUCGUGGCCGAAAGUUCCCUGCACUCAUUAGCUGCAUGGUUGUGGAUGAGUUCAUGGCAUGGCCCCGUGAUGCGUUGGACGGCGUGGCCCGCAGAUUCCUUGUCGAGCUUGUCAGCCAGGGAAAUCUCCAGGAUGAAGAGAUUUUGGGUCUGGUGGCAGCCAACAUGGCCGAGGUACAUUUGUCCAUUGAAGGAGCCAACAAGAGGUACUUGGAGGCGGAGCGACGGCACAACUACUGCACGCCCAAGUCUUUCCUGGAACUGAUCAGUUUCUACAUCAGGAUGCUCUCCGAGAAGCAGUCUUCGGUCAGCCAGAACUGCGAGCGCUUGGAGCGCGGCCUCGCCAUCAUGGAGCAAGUGCAGUCCAAGGUGGAGGGCCUGAAGGAAGACUUGAAGAUCACCAUGGUCCAAGUCGAGGAGAAGAAGGCAGCCACGGCGGUCCUGAUCGAUCAAGUAACGAAGGCUUCUGCCACCGCUGCAGAAGAGAAGGCGGCUGCAGACGUCGAGGCCGAGAAGACCGGCAAGCUCGCGGCCGAAGCUGCGGCAUUGCAGGAGGAGGCCGACGGGGAGCUCUCAGAGGCCAUGCCAGCCAUGGAGGCGGCCGCAGCUGCGGUUGAUUGCUUGGACAAGAACUCCAUCGGUGAACUGAAGGGCUUUGGCAAACCUCCUCCAGAAUGCGUCGAUGUCUGUGCGGCAGCUGCCUUCUUGCUGAGGAACGAGAAGAAGAAGAUUGACUGGAAGGCAGCCCAGAAGAUGAUGAGCAACCCGCAGGCCUUCAUCGACGAGGUCAAGACUUUCAAUGCUAAUGAGAUCCCUGAGAACACUCUCAAGGAGGUUGAUGCCAUCAUUGCGCUACCUUUCUUCAACUUUGACACCAUGAAGGGCAAGAGCGUGGCAGCGGCCAACUUGGCGAACUGGGCCAUCAACUGCGUCAAGUAUCACAAGAUCUACGUGAAGGUUGCGCCGCUCAUGGCCAAGGUCAAGGAGGCGACGGACACCAAGAACACGGCCGAGGCCAGUUUGGCCAUCGUGCUGGCGAAGGUUGCGGAGAUCGAGGCCGAGUGCCAGAGGCUGGAGGAGAAGCUGAAUGGAGCUGUGUCGGAGAAGGAGCGCGUGGAGGCCCAGGCAGCAGCUUGCCUCGAGAAGUUGGGUCUCGCAGAGCGGCUGGUCAACGGCUUGGCAGAUGAGUAUCAGCGAUGGACUGCCACAGUCAAGGACCUGAAAGACUUGCAGCUGAAGCUCAUUGGCAACUGUCUGCUGGCGUCAGCAUUUGUUGGCUACAUCUCCCCCUUUUCAAUGUCCUUCCGUGUGCAGCUUUGGAGAGAGGGGUGGACUGGCGACAUCACCAGCCGCGGGAUUCCCAUCAGCUCGGGCAUUGACCCGCUCAAGGUGCUGUGUACCGAGGCAGACAUCGCCAGCUGGCAGAAUGAGGGGCUGCCGUCUGACCGCAUCUCUGUGGAGAACGCUGCUGUGGUCACAAGCUGCUCCCGAUGGCCGUUGAUGAUCGACCCCCAGCUGCAAGGUGUGAAGUGGAUCAAGCAACGCUUGGGCGAGGAUCUGACUGUGCUGCAGUUCACCAUGAACCAGUGGCUUCAAAAAGUGAUCUUUGCCAUUCAGAUGGGUGGCCAGCUGCUGAUUGAAGCCGUCGGCCAGGAGAUUGAUGCCAUCUUGGAGCCUGUCCUGUCCAGAGCUGUGAUCAAGCGUGGCCGAAGUGCAAUGAUCAUCAAGAUUGGAGGUGAGGAGGUAGACUAUGACCCCAAGUUCCAGCUUUACUUGCAGUCGAAGCUGCCAAAUCCUCACUACAGGCCUGAGAUUGCUGCCCAGUGUACAAUCAUCAACUUCAUUGUCACUCCGGACGGAUUGGAGGACCAAAUCCUGGCAAUGGUCGUGAAUGUGGAGAAGCCUGAGCUGGAGCAGGAGAAGCAGGAGCUGGUGCGAAGGCAGAACGACUUCAAGGUCACCCUUUCGCAGCUCGAGAGCGACUUGUUGUCCCAGCUCUCUACGGCAGAUCCUGCGACAAUUCUGGACAACAUUCCCCUUAUCGAGGGCCUGGAGAAGACAAAGGCCACCUCCAAGGAGAUUGCCAUCCAAGUUGAGCAGGCUCAGAAGACAGAGGUGGAGAUCAACCAUUCGCGCGAGCUUUACCGUCCCGUGGCCGCGGAGGGUUCCAUGCUUUUCUUCCUGAUCAUCCAGCUCUGCUUCAUUGAGCACAUGUACCAGUUCUCAUUGGACUCCUUCGUGAACUUCCUGUACAAGGCCAUCGACCGCACGGAGCCCACUGACGACAUCAGUGAACGUGUGAAGCGCCUGAUUGCCGUUAUCCGCAUGACAAUCUUCCGCUGGGUGAACCGCGGACUGUUCGAACGUCACAAACUGAUCUUCUGCUCGAUGCUCACCUUCAAGCUUUUCCAGAAAGGCUUCUUGCAGGAAGACUUCAACGUGUCCUACUUCAACUACUUGCUCAAGGCACCCAUGGCCGUGGGAAUGGAAAACCCACUGCAGGAAUGGCUGCCCAGCAAGAACUGGGGCAUGGUUCUGAAGUUGAAUGACUUGGAGGGCUUCGAGAACUUCGCACAAAACAUGGAGAAGGAUGCACCAAACCGCUUCAAGGAAUGGUUCAACGAGAUUGCUCCCGAGGAGGUGAAGUUGCCAUUGGACUGGAAGCGCCUGGACACAGUGCCCUUCCAGAAGCUUUUGGUUCUCAGAGCCCUGAGACCAGACCGAUGCUGCGCUGCCAUGGCUGAGUGGAUCCGCAACGCGCUGCCCAAUGGUCGGGACUACAUGGACUGCGAUGGCUCACUCUCCUUCGCAGCAGUCUUGAGCAACUCCUUUGAGGAUUCCACCAGCACAACCCCGAUUUUCUUCAUCCUAUCUCCUGGAGCAGACCCGGUGAAGGAGGUUGAGUCGAUGGGCAAGAAGCGGCCAGAAGGCUUGAGCCUUGGGCAGAACUAUUGGAACGUGGCCAUGGGUCAAGGACAGGAUGUCGUUGCCAUGGGCAAGUUGGACAUAGGACACCGUGAGGGGCACUGGGUCAUGUUACAGAAUAUUCACUUGAUGCCAAAGUGGUGUGUGGAGCUGGAGAAGAAACUGGAUGUCUUUGCUGUGGAGAACAGCCAUCCCAACUUCAGAUUGUUCCUCUCCGCAGAUCCAAGCAAAGGAAUUCCGAUCGGCAUCCUGGAGCGUUCCAUCAAGCUGACAAACGAGCCUCCACAGGGUAUGCUUGCCAAUCUGCGUCGAUCUUUCGCACUCUUCCCGAAGGAGGACUUCGAGGACAAGGAUGCCAAGGUCAAGUCUAUCUUGUUUGCCUUGUGCCACUUCCACUCCCUCAUGCUAGAGCGAAAGAAGUUUGGGCCGAUGGGCUACAACAUGAUGUAUCCGUUCUCAGCUGGAGACUUGCGGGACUCUGCCCAAGUCUUGUACAACUACUUGGAAGGUUCUUCCGCUGUGAAGAUUCCAUGGGACGACUUGCGCUACAUCUUCGGGGAGAUCAUGUAUGGAGGCCACAUCGUGGACGAUUGGGACCGACGCAUGUCGCAAAAGUACUUGCUGUACUUCAUGCGCGAUGAGUUGCUGGAUGAGAUUGACAUGAUCCCGUAUGCGGAGGGCAAGCUGUCGUGGCCGUCGCCACAGCCGGCGCCGCAUGAGAGAUACCUUGAGCACAUUGAGACCAUGCCGCCUGAAUCUCCACUCAUGUUUGGCAUGCAUCCCAACGCUGAGAUCAACUUCCGCACCACAGAGUGCGACAAGGUCUUCGAGAUGCUCCAGAUGCUGACAGGUGGAGGUGGCGCUGGAGAUGGUGACGACGAAGCUGCCAUGACACCGAUGACGAUUGCCCAGAUGACAUGCGAUGAGAUCUUGGAAGAGGUGAACGAAAAGCGCUUCCCAACAGACGAUGUCAACCGUGGCAUGACCACCGAGGAUAAGGGUCCCUACCAGUUCGUUUUCUUGCAGGAGUGUGAGUACAUGAAUGCGCUGCUGUACGAGAUGGUGAAGGGCUUGCAGGAGCUCCAGCUUGGUUUCCGGGGCGAGCUGACCAUGAGCGAAAGCAUGGAAGAUAUGGCCACGUGCCUCUAUUCAGAGAAGCUGCCGAUGUGGUGGAUUAAGCUCGGAUUCGCGUCCACCCGUCCUCUGAAGUCAUGGCGCGUGAACUUGCAGGAGCGAUAUGUGCAGCUGGACGACUGGAUCAACGACCCCCUCAACAUUCCCAAGGUUGUUGACAUCUCCAAGCUCUUCAAUCCGCAGAGUUACCUCACGGCCAUCAAGCAGAUCACUUGCCAGAACGUGGGCUUGGAGCUCGACAAGCUGCAGGUCUUCACAGACGUCACGAAGAAGGAGCCCAAGCAAAUUGAGUCCCCUUGCAAGGACGGAGCCUAUGUGUCGGGCAUGUACUUGGAGGGUGCCCGGUGGGACAUGACCUCCAAUUCCUUGGAAGACUCCAAGCCGAAGGAAAUGUUCACUGGUAUGCCAGUGAUUACAUGCAAGGCAGGACUGGCGAGCGAGAAGGUGGACAAGAACAUCUACAUAUGCCCUACCUAUUGCGUGCCCACUCGCCGGCCGUACUUCGUGUUCGCUGCACAGCUUCGGACCAAGGCGCCAUCUGACAAGUGGGUGCUCGCGGGCGUGGCCAUGAUUCUGGACAUCGGUCUUUGA